AUGGAGUCCAAGCAGGAUGAAGUUUUCCACGAUAAGGAUGAACAGAAGACAAGAAACAAAGUAUCUGCGUCCAAUAUCUCUAAGGUUGAUGGGAAAGAUGUGUUGAAACCGUUCUCUAGUUUCCCAGAUAAUAAAGUGCGAGCUAAUGUGACUGAUUGGAAACGUGGAGAAAAUAUUGCACAUGAUGCAUCUUCUGCAGAUAUAGAUGCCUCUGCUGAAGUGAACAUGGAGGCAUCAAUAACAGCUGAGGAUGUCAUGCGGGCUGGAGGCUUCGGUGCUAGAGAUGAUAUGAGUAGUUUUCUUCCUGUUGCAAGUGACUCUACUGACUUUGAAGCUGCAAUACGUGACGCUAGAGGCUAUGAAGAACCACAGGGGGAUAUCUGCAGACCAGGUCUUGGCUGGAAAGAAGCUAGAGAAACAAAAUAA